AUGCCCCAAGCCUUCAUCCCGGAGUUAGCUUGGUUUAAAGUGAUGUUAUACGUGGCAACCCAAUCAUCGGAAGAUCUCUUCCGUAUGGCAUCUGUAUGCCCAAUGUUCCAUACAUUGGCAAACACUCCACAGGUGUGGAACACCAUUUUAAUGGCAAAGUACCCAGACCAUCCUAGCUGGUACCAUGCCAAUCCUGCAGUCCAGUAUUUCUUGCAACAAUGCAGGGCUUGCGAGAACCCUGAGUCGAUAUUUAGAGAAGCGUUCGAAGUGUUUUUCAUGCAGGGUAAUGUGGAAGCGUUGUAUGGGAUGCACAUUGCAGCCACGGCAGGCCAUAUAGAAGCGGCAUAUCUAGUUGGACUACUUGGCAUGUCCGGAAUUAGUCAGUCAAAAGAGGAUGCAUUAGAAUUUUUGUGUUCUUUGAAUCAACGUAACAACAUUGAUAUGAAAGGAACCAGGGAUGCUUUGAGACGAAGAUUAAGCCGAGUUUUCUCUGUUGCAAAACAUAUCGUAGACAUGUUUUACUAUGGGAAGAUUAAGUUCAAUCAUUGCAGUGCUUGUAACAACAACGAAUGGUGUUUUGUUAUUCAAGGCUGGCCUACUGAAGCAAAGAUAAGUCCUGCCUUCUGGACUUGUUGCAAUCGAUGCAAAUGA